AGGCUCACUUGUUCCCGUCUUUAAUGUGCAAUCUGUUUUCUCCAGCGGAGGGCACUCAGUGUAUCACAAACUCAAGCAUUAGCACCAACAAGCUCUGAGCAUCAUCAGUCUCUGGAAAGCCUUCUGAAUUAGACAAGGGCUGCCUCUCAGCACAGCUACAAAACACUUUAAACCUGACCAGCUAAAUGGAUAAACCUAGCCUGCAUAGCUUUUAAACUGGGGUCUCAUACAGCACAGGAGGCCUACUUGCUUCAAGAACUGAAAAUCCAGAGGAUGAAUUGCUUUAUCUGGGAAUGGCAAAAGCCAGCACAAUAAGGAAUGCCAGGUUUCCAUUUAAUUACGCAGCUGAAAGGCAUGAGUGUGGCGCUGGUGCUACUUCCUACACUGCUGCUUGUUAUGCUCACGGGGGCUCAGAGAGCUUGCCCAAAGAACUGCAGAUGCGAUGGCAAAAUUGUGUACUGUGAGUCUCAUGCUUUCGCAGAUAUCCCCGAGAACAUUUCUGGAGGGUCACAAGGCUUAUCAUUAAGGUUCAAUAGCAUUCAGAAACUCAAAUCCAAUCAGUUUGCCGGCCUUAACCAGCUUAUAUGGCUUUAUCUUGACCAUAAUUACAUUAGCUCAGUGGAUGAAGAUGCAUUUCAAGGGAUCCGUAGACUGAAAGAAUUAAUUUUAAGCUCCAACAAAAUUACUUAUCUGCACAAUAAAACAUUUCACCCAGUUCCCAAUCUCCGCAAUCUGGACCUCUCCUACAAUAAACUUCAGACAUUGCAAUCUGAACAAUUUAAAGGCCUUCGGAAACUCAUCAUUUUGCACUUGAGAUCUAACUCACUAAAGACUGUGCCCAUAAGAGUUUUUCAAGACUGUCGGAAUCUUGAUUUUUUGGAUUUGGGUUACAAUCGUCUUCGAAGCUUGUCCCGAAAUGCAUUUGCUGGCCUCUUGAAGUUAAAGGAGCUCCACUUGGAGCACAACCAGUUUUCCAAGAUCAACUUUGCUCAUUUUCCACGUCUCUUCAACCUCCGAUCAAUUUACUUACAAUGGAACAGGAUUCGCUCCAUUAGCCAAGGCUUGACAUGGACUUGGAGUUCCUUACACAACUUGGAUUUAUCAGGGAAUGACAUCCAAGGAAUUGAGCCAGGCACAUUUAAAUGCCUCCCCAAUUUACAAAAAUUGAAUUUGGAUUCCAACAAGCUCACCAACAUCUCACAGGAAACUGUCAAUGCAUGGAUAUCAUUAAUAUCCAUCACCUUGUCUGGAAAUAUGUGGGAAUGCAGUCGGAGCAUUUGUCCUUUAUUUUAUUGGCUUAAGAAUUUCAAAGGAAAUAAGGAAAGCACCAUGAUAUGUGCAGGACCUAAGCACCUCCAGGGUGAAAAGGUUAGUGAUGCAGUGGAAACAUAUAAUAUCUGUUCUGAAAUCCAGGUGGUCAACACAGAAAGAUCACACCUGGUGCCCCAAACGCCCCAGAAACCUCUGAUUAUCCCUAAACCUACCAUCUUCAAACCUGAUGCCACCCAACCCACCUUUGAAACACCAAGCCCCUCCCCAGGGUUUCAGAUUCCUGGCACAGAGCAAGAGUAUGAGCAUGUUUCAUUUCACAAAAUUAUUGCAGGGAGUGUGGCUCUCUUUCUCUCAGUGGCCAUGAUCCUCUUGGUGAUCUAUGUGUCUUGGAAACGCUACCCAGCCAGCAUGAAACAACUCCAGCAACACUCUCUUAUGAAGAGGCGGCGGAAAAAGGCCAGAGAGUCUGAAAGACAAAUGAAUUCCCCUUUACAGGAGUAUUAUGUGGACUACAAGCCUACAAACUCUGAGACCAUGGAUAUAUCGGUUAAUGGAUCUGGGCCCUGCACAUAUACCAUCUCUGGCUCCAGGGAAUGUGAGAUGCCACACCAUGUGAAGCCCUUGCCAUAUUACAGCUAUGACCAGCCUGUGAUUGGGUACUGCCAGGCCCACCAGCCUCUGCAUGUCACCAAGGGCUAUGAGACAGUGUCUCUGGAGCAAGAUGAAAGCACCGGCCUGGAGCUAGGGCAAGACCACAGCUUCAUCGCCACCAUCGCCAGGUCGGCAGCACCGGCCAUUUACCUUGAGAGAAUUGCAAACUAACGCUGAAGCCAACUCCUCAUUGAGGAACUCCACGGGGGGAGGGAGGGCCUUCAUCUUAAAGGAGAGUGGGUGUCUGAAAUCGUGCAAUCAAGCAAGCUCAUCGUUCCUGUUAAAACAUUUAUGGCAUAGAGAAAAGGAAAAGAUAAAACCAAACUGCUUAAAAAGGGUAGCGAAUGCACCUGCAGCAUAACUGGGAGAACUGCAGAACUUUCUUUGCUUUAAAACAUAAACGAAAAAAAUGCUCCCGGAUGUAAAUAGUAAGAGUGUCAAGUUCUUAUAAAAAUAGAUUUCACCCUAGCUACAUAUAGGUUUGUUUGUAUAUUUGAUUUUUCUACACUGCAUGGUUCCUGGGCUGGAGAACCACAGGAGGGCAAAUAAACAGGGGUGGGUGGGAAGUUGGGGAAACAACAGGUUUCCUCUUUCGGUAUUUGUAACUCUCACAGACUUUAUUUAAAUUGUUUUCAUUUUCUUUUUUUCUUUUAAAAUGCUGUUUGUUCUUGUUUUGUUUGUUUUAAAUUGUUUUUUUUUUUCCUGGUCAAGUUUCUAAUACAAAACAUGAGCAUUAAAGCUUAUGUUGUAUCAAAAGAAAAUGUGUUUUACCACGGACCACAGAGAAAGUUGACCACAAAGUUCCAUAAAACUACUGGAAAGAAAACUCAGUAAGUCUGGGUGAAUGACUCUUCAUGACAAAUGCCAUAUGUGGCACAUGAUAGAAGGAGUUUUGUUUUGUCCAGUUGGCAGCCUUCACUGUGUAGGAUGUCUGAGAGAGCCUUGAAGAUCUCCGAAUGACAAGAUCAGCAGAAUCAUUCUCAUGUGGACUAAGGCUAUAAAAGAGCCAUGGCCAUGUGCUCAAUGAAUGAAACUGCCAAGCUGACAAAUUUCUAAACACAAGAUAAUGUGUAACCUUGCUUUUUAAAUUAAUUAUCAAUUAGAUUUUGUGUAGUUUUUAUCAAUAAAAGAAAAAAUGUUGAAAAAUAAAUAUAUUAUUUUGUGGUUGGUGUACCACAGCCCACCUAAUGUAGAGUGCUUUAUCUAUAUACAUAUUAUGGAAUGCUUCCAGUCUAUAUCACGGCACUUCGAUAAGAAUCAAGUGGUAUCUA